AUGAGGAUUGUGGAGCUGGCCCACAUAGAGCUGCCUGAAGAGGUGUUGCAGGAGAUGCGUGGCGUGCCAGCCAUCGACUUGUGUGCGGCCUGCCACAAGCAGCUAGAGGUGGCGGCAUCAGAGGAAGAGCUGUUUAGAAGGCAUGGUCAAGCCGUCACCGACAGUUUCCGCAGAAUGGGGGUGCUGGCUGAGCAACUGGCAGAUGAGGCAGCGGCACCUGGGCAGCAGCAAGAGCCACCUGUUGCUGUGGCGGCAGCGACUUCCAAGGGGCCUCAUGAGGCGCCGGCUUCAGACACGCCCACAGGGGUGCUGGACCUGCAGCAGCACCACCAGCUGCACACGUCAUCAGAGGAGCAGGAGCUGGCAGGCGGCCCCACGACCGCCGGGCAGGUGUACGUGCCGGACGCGGCGCAGCUGCUGGCCGGCCAGCGCCUCACCUCAUGGCAGCUUGUGGCCACCCGCCCGCCGCUGGAGUUCCCGGCGCUCGAGCGGCAUCGGCAGGAACCUGCCCAGAGCGCCAUGCACUUGAAUGGCGAGGGCCCUCCUUGCCUGGCGGCAAACAGGGCCUACCGGCAGAACGGAGAGCACACGCCAGACAUGCAGCUGGGGGUCAGCCGCAAGCUGGUGGUCCUCACCUGCAUGGACAGCAGGCUGCUGCCGGAGCAUUUCCUGGGGCUGAAGCAGGGGGAGGCGGAAGUGAUCCGCAACGGCGGUGGGCGGGUGACAGAAGACGUGAUUCGGUUGCUGAUUGUGUGCCAGGAGGUGCUGGGCUGUGACACAGUGCUGGUCAUCCACCACACCGACUGCGGCGCUCACGCCGCGCUGUUCAACCCCGCCGCCGCCGCGGAGCACGCCAAGGCAAAGGCGGACCAGCUGCUGGGAGCGGAGACUGGGGGCAUCGACAUGCACCCCAUUUACGGCCUGGACAGCUCGGUGAGGGAGGACGUGGCGGCGCUGCGGCGCAGCGACAGGGUCAAGCCCUCCACGGCGAUCUACGGCCCGGUGGUUGAGACCGAGUCGGGGGCGCUGCGGGAGGUGUGCCGCGACGAGGGCGUUGCAGAGUAG